UGGCUGAAACAUCGCCUGUUGCAUGGUUGCAUGUAAACAAAAGAACUGAUGCAGAGGUUAUCAUUUGGAAUCGGAUCAAAUGGUCGCUAAAAGCAGAGAAUAGUUAAACACUUCAUCAUGGUGUUGGGUUUGUUUGAUUCUGCAGUUCCAUAUAAAGACCAACGAUAUAGUAAACUCAAAAAGCAAUGCAUUAGUAAAGGAGAAUUAUUUGUAGAUCCUGUUUUCCCACCUGACAGUAAAUCAUUGUUCUACAGCAAAGUUGAAAAGGAUAUAGUUUGGAAGAGACCUGGUGAAAUUUCCCGUGAUCCCAAAUUUUUUGUGGAAGGAGCCAGUUUUGAUGACUUUUCACAAGGAAGUCUGGGCAAUUGCUGGUUUGUUGCGGCUUGUGCUUGCCUAACAGCUGAUAGAAAACUUUUAACAAAGGUAGUUCCAGACAUAGAUAAACAAGAAUGGUCAGAAGACAACAAAUAUAGUGGUAUAUUUCACUUUAGAUUUUGGAGAUGUGGUACGUGGACAGAUGUUGUUAUAGAUGAUUACUUACCAACAAAAGGAGGCCAUCUUAUCUUUGUACAGUCUAAAGCAAGAAAUGAAUUCUGGUCAGCACUGCUUGAAAAAGCUUAUGCAAAGUUAUUUGGGAACUAUGAGUCACUGGUGGCAGGCAGACCAAGAGAUGCUUUAGUUGAUAUAACAGGAGGUGUUGGAGAACUUCUCAGUUUAGAUACAUAUAAAACUGAAGCACAAAAAUUGGAAUUGUUUGACAUUUUACAUGAAUCUAUAGAACAGAGAUCUCUAAUGAGUGCCUCCAUUGCUGCAUCAGCCAAUGAAAUGGAAUCCGAGUUAGAUGUAGGUUUAGUGAAGGGACAUGCUUACAGUGUAACAGCUGUCAGGGACAUCAAACUAGGAACAGGACUCUUCUCUGUCUUUAAUGCAGAAAGAAUUCAUAUGGUGCGAUGUCGUAAUCCAUGGGGUGGCACAGAAUGGAAGGGAGCGUGGAGUGAUGGGUCAGCAGAGUGGAAAAAGGUCAGUUCUGGACAGAAAAAAGAUAUUGGACUAACAGUAGAAGACAAUGGAGAAUUUUGGAUGUCAUAUGUAGAUUUUGUGAAGUAUUUUAACCAUGUGGAUAUUUGUCAUGUAAUGAACAUCUCCUUCUUCUCUCUGUCAAAGACAUGGUCAGAAGCAAUAGGUGUUGGUCAGUGGAAAAAGCCAGAUAGAUGUGGUGGAUCAGCAAGUUCUCCAAACUUCCUUAAAAAUCCUCAGUAUGUGUUUGACAUCAAAGGACAAGAAGAUGAUUUAUGGAUUUCACUAGAACAAGAAGAUAAAAGUCGAUUAGAUAAAGAUAAAGGAGGGAAAAAUGCAUCUGUUGGAGCUGUUUUAAUCAAGAUAGAUGAAAAUAGAGAAUUUAGAAUACAUGAUAUGAUGAAGAUUGUACAUCAGAGUACAUAUACCUCAGCUCGAAGUUUGUUGUCAAGGAUACAGAUAAAGAAAGGUCGUUACUGUGUCAUACCUUCUACAUUUGAUGAGGGGAGUGAGUCCCAUUAUGCAUUGAGAUUAUAUUCCAGUGGUAACACAAAUUUCAAAGAAUUAUUAUAUGACGAGCCGCAACCCCCUAAAUGUGGAUUUAUAUGUAAACCAAAGAUAGCUGCUACACAGAUUACUGUUAUAUCUGCAAGGGGAUUGAAAGCUGUUGAUAAGUUAGGCAGUUCUGAUCCAUUCUGCAUCAUUAAAUGUGAAGGUUACAAGGAACAGACAAAUGUGGUCAAGAAAAAUACAAAUCCUGAUUGGGGAGAGAGAUUUACAUUUUAUCAUAAAAAGCCAAAUAAAGAUAUUAUAGUAGAGGUAUGGGAUCACAACAUUAUAAGAGACACUUUUCUAGGUGUGUGUACAGUAUCUAUGUCAGCAGAAAAAAGAAACAAAUAUAAAGAGGAUGCAGCAUUUGAUUUUCCAUUGAAUGGUAAAGGGAAAGAAGCUACUGUUCAGAAAGAUGGAAAGUUAAAAUUAAAGAUUUGGCACACAAAAGACAUGGAACUUGUCUAGUCCUUUAACUUUUACUGAAGUUGUUUUGAAGUCAUGAAUGAAUUAUCUUUUAAAUAAACAUGUCUUUAUGGUCAGAAAAAAAGAAUGAACAGGGAAAGAAAAGAAAGAUGACCAUGUUUUUAAGAAGUAAAGGUAUAUUUAUGCUUUAACUUCAGAAUAUAUCUGUCUCAAAUUAUACCUCCAAAUAGUGAUAUAGAUCUCAGUAGAUUUUAUUUUAAUUUUUCAUCAGCAAUGCAAUACUAUAUGGAUUCUUUUAGGAAUCAUGCCUGUAUAUAAAAUAUUAGCAACUCCAUUGUAUAUAUUACAUAGUAUUGCACUUUUUUCAUCAACAAAAUCUACACAAUAAUAUUAGAUGUAAACAUUCCAUUAUUGGAGUUAGUUACUUGACUGUUCAAACUUUUUUGAAAUAAAACUUUAUAAUUUUAUUUACCUAUAUAUUUUUUUUAAGUGCAUUGUGUUUCAUGUAAAAUUUGUACACUUUUAUUGUAAUACCCAUUUUAAAAGUAGUUUUACUUAUCUGAUCAACAUUUUAUGUAUGCUUUACACUUUUUCAUUCAAAUAGCUUCAUUAUGAUAAAGUUUUCCCUUGAAAAGAAGGACAUGGUGUAGUAAAGGUGUAUUCAUUCUUGAGAUACCUUUGAAUGUAUGUACUAUUUCAAGUUUUCUUAUUAGUUUAUCAAAUAAUUAUGACAUCCAUCAAUAUUAUUUGCUGUAUGAAUACAUUAUUAAAUGCCAAGUUUCCAAACUAAUAUCUUGUUGUGCCUUAGGGUUGUCUAAUUGUUUGUUUUGUUUCUGUUUUAUUAUGUUCCACUAUUCAUAUCCACAAUCCUGUCAUCUUUCCUUGAUUGUGACAUCACAGAUCAUUGAACUGCUUACACUUGGAGCAGAUAAGAUCACCGUCAGUUUUUGGUAGGGUUUGUGUUCCUCAAUAUUAUGUUUUAAGUGUAGUGUUUUGUUAACUAUUGCUUGUUUUCAUUUUUUAUGGCCAUUGUGUUGUCUGUUUUACUUCAAUUUUAGUAACUUCCGUCCCCCUUUUAACAUUUUAGAUCAUUAGGCAAAUAAGGACGGUUUUUGUAAGAUUUAUUUUUCUAAAUAUACACUGUAAUUUGUUGAAUUUCCUUGCAUCUAUGUGCUUUAACACACAGAUACAGAUUUAUUGACAUCUAACAGAGUAUACUGCUGAGACUGAUACAAGAAGCAGUGCUGAAACUGCAGGGAGGUGUAAGCAUUUUCUCCAGUCUUAAGGCCUAACCAUGAAUUUUAAAAUGAAGAACAGCAAUAGAAGUGAUGUUCACUUGCUUUGGGUUUUGUUCAGUGUUAAUUAACACACCUUAUCCCCUGUGCUCUUCCAUUUAAUAUAAUCAAAUUAGACUAUUGUGUUUUGUACAAAUGAACUGCUUAUUUUGCUUUAAUGCCUGUUGUGUUUGCAUUAGAUAUCAGAAUGUUAUGAAACAACCUAAUUAUAAUUUAAAUUAUUUAUUCAAUUUAUUCUUCCUUCUAGAAGUAGCUGGGUUUUUAUAGUUAUCAUUGCAUCAAUUGAUCCUGCCUGUCCAUACAUACACAUAAUCCUCGAUUCCUUUAUAACUACAGCAAUUAUUUCAAUUAAAGUUAAAUCAUGUUUUCUAUAAAUAAUGUAGUCUGGCAUCUGAACAUGUUUUCUACAUUGAUGGUCCCUGAUGUUUAUUUGAGACUAUAUGUCAAUUGAAUUGGUGUAGGACAACGUAUCAUCUUCCAUUUAUUACCCUCUAUUAUGGUUGUGAAGGGUAGCCGAAAUAUUACCAGUCUGUGUUCAGGCUUGAUUUACAAGGAUCUGACAAUUCUUCAUUCUAGUCUUUGAUUGAAAGAUCUUUUGGGAUUUUGUCAUAAUGAUGCUCAGCUUCAAUAAUUUAAAUGCAUAAUUUAAUGAUUACUAGAACAGAAAUUAUAAUGGAGCUUUGUCAGAUCCUUGUAAGCAAAGCAUGGACACAGGAUAUGUAUUUUAAUCAGAUUGAAAUAAAAUCCAUUAUAUAUUGUUGUUGAAAACCAUAUACUUAUAUGGAAUGGGGUCCAAAUAAGAGAUAUUCAUAUACAAUUCAUAUACAGACACACCCUAUGAUUAACAGUUCCAUCCAAACCAAAUAAUUUGAAAUGAAAUUUGUACAACAUAUUUUCUUGUUGUGAUUGUGAGGAAUGAACUUCUGAAACUACUCCACAACCACUUAAGCUUUAAGUGAAUGAUAGGAUAAAAGCACCCUACAUAAUUAUACCCCACGCAACGAGUUGCAGAGGGUAUAAUGUUUUUUGACCCGUCUGUCCAUCUGUCCAUCCGUCAGUCCGUCAGUCCUGUUUCUUGUCAUCGCAACUCCUCUCAAACCACACAACAGAAUUUCACGAAACCUUUUUAGAUAAUAAGGACAUACUAUGUAGUUGUGCAUAUCGACAGGAAAUUACGAUUCAAUUCUUUUUCUAGGAGUUACGCCCCUUUGAACUUAUUUACUUUCAUGUACUACUGCAACAGUUUGUCAUCGAAACUCCUCUCAAACCACACAACAGAAUUUCAUGAAACCUUUUCAGAUAAUAAGGACAUACUACGUAGAUGUGCAUAUCGACAGGAAAUUACGAUUCAAUUUUUUUCCAGGAGUUACGCCCCUUUGAACUUAUUUGCCCAAUAUACUACUGCAACCUUUUGUCAUUACAACUCCUCUCAAACCACACAACAGAAUUUCAUGAAACCUUUUCAGAUAAUAAGGACAUACUACGUAGAUGGGCAUAUCGACAGGAAAUUAUGAUUAAAUUUUUUUUCCAGGAGUUACGCCCCUUUGAACUUAUUUGCCCAAUAUACUACUGCAACCUUUUGUCAUUGCAACUCCUCUCAAACCACACAACAGAAUUUCAUGAAACCUUUUCAGAUAAUAAGGACAUACUACGUAGAUGAGCAUAUCGACAGGAAAUUAUGAUUCAAUUUUUUUUCAGGAGUUACGCCCCUUUGAACUUAUUUGCCCAAUAUACUACUGCAACCUUUUGUCAUUGCAACUCCUCUCAAACUACACAACAGAAUUUCAUGAAACCUUUUCAGAUAAUAAGGACAUACUACGUAGAUGAGCAUAUCGACAGGAAAUUAUGAUUCAAUUUUUUUUCAGGAGUUACGCCCCUUUGAACUUAUUUGCCCAAUAUACUACUGCAACCUUUGUCAUCGCAACUCCUCUCAAACCACACAACAGAAUUUCAUAAAACUGUGUAGAUAAUAAGGACAUACUAUGUAGAUGUGCAGAUUGACAGGAAAUUAUGAUUUAAUUUUUUUUUCUGAUACAAUUUUUUUUUUCUUACACUUAUUUUAUUUCUCCAAUGACAAUGUGGGGACGUGGUGUAUGUGAGCGCGCUCACUAAGGUUCUUUCAUUUUUUCUUCAUUUGUAUUUUCUUGGUAUUGUAUGUAUUUCUUUGAGACAUAAAGAGAUCAGGGGUGGGUUGUGUAUUUAUGAAUUUAUCGCUUCCUGGAAUCCUGUUGAGUUCAAUGAUGGACCUCUGUUUUCCUGUAUGUAAAGUAAAUUUAUUGAAAACCACAAAAAAACAUAUUUUCUUUCCUAGAAUUGUUUUAUUUGUUUGUACAAAAACAUAAUCUAGUAGUUUGUAAACAUGUAUUUUUGCUGUUGUUAAACUUUGUUUUAUAUUUGCCUGUGAUAUUUAUAUGUUGCAUUAUAUUCUGUUAAACUUAACCAGUUAUUUAAGCUCUAUAUAUAUGAUCAACUUUUAUCAAGUUUUAAAAGUUCUGUUUAUUAUCUGAUUUAUAACUGUGUGCCAAGUAAAUUAAUAUAUGCAAUAAAAAACCUUAAGAGCUAAGUACUAAAGUACCAGAAAUAUAUGCAUGAAAUGUUGUUUGUGCUGUAUUUAGACCCCUCUACCAAGAAAUUUGUUUUGCAUGCACACAUAGAAAAAUUGCGGUUUUUAUCAAACGCAAUCAUAGGUUUGAACGUUGUUUUCAAUUUAGACUUGUAUAUAUAUAAGACGUCUAGAUAUUAGUCAACAAUCUUUCUUACGAGGGCGCUGGAUCGUUACGAGUAAUGAUACAUGUACACAAUAAAAAAAAUUAUAUAAACGCCUAAAAAGUGUACAAAACAACACCAAUUUUAGAAAAUGAAAACAUUAAAUGUAAUUAUCUAUAUCUCCGCGAAAAUUGGAAAGAAAUCGAAAAACAUCCUAAACUAUCCAAAAUCUUUCCCGAGCCACCUGUACUGGCUUUCCGUAGGCCCAAAAGCCUUAAAGACUUGCUGGUGAGAGCUGAUUUAUCCUCUAAAACAGGCUCUUCGUCUGUGGGCUCUUGCAAGGAAUGGGAAAACAAACGAUGUCUGACUUGCAAACAAAUACUGAAUACCCAGACUUUUAACAGUCACUCCACUGGUACGGAAUACACCAUAUUUUGCAAUGUUAAUUGCAAGACUACAAAUGCUGUGUAUCUUCUACAGUGUAAAUGUGGUAAACAGUAUGUUGGCGAGUCAGAACAGCCAUUUCACAAACGAAUGAACGGCCAUUGUAGCGAUUAUGAAUGCAAGCCAGACCUUCUUCUGUCGAUAUUUGAGAUCCCCUGGCCACACUAAGGCAGAUCUCAAUCGACUGACCAUUACAAUCAUAGACCACAACACUGCUCGGUCUAGGGAAGAGUUCACUUUGGAAAGAUUUUGGAUAAGAAAAUUAAAAACUUUGGCACCAAAUGGGAUAAAUGAAAAGGUGUAGUUCUAAUUCGCGCAGUGCUUUUUAUUUGGGUUAUAUUACAUAUUACUACACAGUCUCUGUUGCUAUUUCUUUACCUUUGUCAACUCUAAAAUUCUUGUAUUAUACCAGUUUAAAUCGCAGGGUUCUAUUCAUUUGGGAUGUACAAGUAGGCAGUCACGUUUAAUUACUCAACCUUUGUAAAAAUUUAUAUCUUUUUUGAAUCAUUAUCAAAAUGCUAUUUAUUUUGGAUGUUUAAAUACGCAGCCUCUGUUGUAAAUACUUUACUGUUGUCAAAUUUGAAAUAUUAUACCAGCUUAGAUCGGUCAGUGCUGUUCAUUGGGAAUGUAUUUCCACGUAGUCGUCAUUGUAAGAUCCUAACUGUCGUCUUCUUUGAAAUUUUAGAAUUGUACCAUGCAGUUCAUAUCACACAUUACUAUUUUUAUUUGAAGCAUAUCUAUGAAGUCUCUGUUGUAAAUAGCUAUAUAACCUACGUCAUUUUACAAGCAUUUUUGUGUUCGGUUUUAAUUGUUUUCAUUGUAUAAAUUUCAAGAUUGUUAUAGUUAAAUCAGAAUAGAUUGGUAUUAUUCAUUUUACAUCAUAAGCAUACUGAUGAAGGAUAACUGUUAUCUGAAAUAUUUAUAGAUAAUUACAUUUAAUGUUUUCAUUUUUAAAAUUGGUGUUGUUUUGUACACUUUUUAGGCAUUUAUAUAUAUAUAUAUUAAUAUAUAUAUAUUUUCUGAUUUAUUAUUUGUUGGCAAUUGAAAUGUAAAGUGUAUUUAAACACUAAAAUGAAGACAUAUAAUCUGAUUUUUUAAAGUUAAAUUUAUUGCUUUAAGUUUUUUUUUUAGAUAUAUCAGAGAGUCUGUCAUUUAGCCUUUAACGAAGUGAGCUGGUACUCACACACUGUUGUAACACCUUAUAUUGACUGGAAUUUUUAAAACAACGCUCUGUUGCCAACUGUUCAAAAUGCAAGAAAAAAAGCAAUAACAGUGACAGAAAAUAAAAAAAAAAUAUGUACCUUUGCUUUCUUUAAAUAAUUGAUGUUUCAAAAAAAUCAUUACCAUGCAUUAGUCUUUAUUGUAAAACAUUAGCAGUAGAAUUAAACAUAACUUAAUUCUGAUGAAAGUUAUAUUUUUGUAAAAAGAGUUAAAAAUUUCAUAAAUAGUAUGUGCAGUCUGCUGCUAAAAAUUAAGUGUGUAAGUUAAAAUGAUUGAAUUUAACAUUUUGGUGUGUUGCCAUUUUAACAUUUUGAAUGUUGUAAAUAAUUAUUUGAUUUACUUACUUUAAGGAAUGAAAAUUCUAUUUUGGUACUUUGAUAGUUUGAAUGCUUAGACAUUUCUUUAGUCUUGGAGUUUUCCAACAAAGCAUUGUAUAACAAUAAAGAUGAUCAUUUUAUGCUUUAUCUAUCAAAGGAAAGUCAUCAUUUACUGGUCAGAAAUACUUGAACUGUAGAUCAAAAUUAUCUUGUUGAUUGCUCAAAUUAUUUAUAUCAAUGUUUUAUGACUAAAAGCUUUCUGUGAUAUUAUCAAGGCAUCUAUUUAUUGUUUAAAUACCUUUAUUGUAUAUAGGAGCAACAAUUUAUUGGUGCAAAUUCAAUUGUUUUUAAAAAAUUUAAUUUUUGAAUGUCUGUUGGAUGUAACUUGCAAUGAUGCAAGUGGAAUGUAUGGUGUGAAAUAUAUUUUCUAAAAAUGAGUACUAGUACAACCAUUUACAGAAAUGUAGGUACAAGGAAUCUAAAAAAAAAUUAUGUUUGAAAGGUAUUACUACAUUUUAUUAAAAUAUAUUUUUUUUUGUGAUAGAGUAGUUAAUUUUCAUAUAUUUAUUUAAAUUAAUAAAUUUCUAUGUUACAUAUAA